AUGACGAAUUUCGGCGGCAUUUUCGACUCUCGAAGGAAACUGCGAUGGUUGUGUGGUCAACUGGCCGAGGAACUGGAAGGGGUGCGAGCGACGCGGCUCUCAGUGGAACAAAAGGUGUUGUGUGCGCUGCGCUUCUUUGCGACCGGGAGCGAGACGACGAUUCACAUGGCGCAAUCGACUGUGAGCGAAUGCGUCAAACGCGUCGCUCAAGCUAUAGUGAAAGUGGGCGCGCAAAAUGGGUGGGUGCGCUUCCCGACGACGACCGAAGAAAAGGCGGCCGUGAAAGAAGGCUUCCUUCGGCUCGGCGCCAUUCCGGGAGUGAUCGGCUGCAUCGACGGCACCCUCAUCGGCAUCAAGGCGCCCAAGGGACCCCGCAAGGCUUCGUUCAUGUGCAGGAAGCACUUCUACGCCCUCAACGUUAUGAUCAUCUGCGAUGCGGCGAUGCGGAUCCUGGCCAUCGACCCUAUGCGACCGGGGUCAGACCAUGACUCGUUCGUCUGGCAGACGACCUGGCUGCGCCGACGGUUCCUGGCGGGGCGCAUUGCAGAGCCAGGCGAAUACCUGCUUGGUGACAGUGGCUACCCAUUGGAGCCGUGGCUCCUCAUCCCGGUCUCUGGUGAUCCUUCCGAGCGCAGUGCCGAAGGCAGGUUCAACGCUGAGCACAUCACCAUGCGCUCCAUUGUGGAGCGGUGCAUUGGCAUGCUUAAAGCCCGCUUCCGGUGCUUGCAGCGUUACCGCACCCUCCACCACGAGCCAGAGCGUGCUGCUGACAUUAUUGCAGCAUGUGCUUCCCUUCAUAAUCUAUGCUUAGGUGAGGGUGCCACUGAGCCGGUUGAUGAGUUUGAAGGCAUUGAAGACUUUUUCAGCAGCAGCAGCAGCAGCACCAGCAGCGAAGAUUCUAACCAUCCCCCAUCCAACAGGGUUUGA